GUGCAUAGAAGAAGAGAGGAAGUCUCUGCUGAGCGUGAGAAGUGGCUUCCCUGAUCUUGAGUGGCAACUAAAUCCAUGGAAGGGCGAUGAGUGCUGCAGUUGGCAUCGUGUAGGAUGCAACAAUAUCACAGUUGCAGCACUUGGACUUUUCGGCAUGCAGUUUCAAAGGAGAAAUUCCAUAUCAACUUGGCAAUCUCUCCAACCUACGUUACUUAUCUCUAUUUGAUAACCAGAUUUCUGGAAAAAUACCGGCAUCUUUUGUCCAUCUCAGAAAUCUGAAGGACCUGGUCCUGAGCAUGAAUUUCAUCAGUGGAGAGAUACCAGAAAAUAUUGGAAACCUCAGAAACAUAAAACGCUUGUCCCUCUAUCAUAAUCAGAUUGAAGGUGUAAUACCAAAAAGCCUAGGAAACUUGAGUAAAAUGUUAGAGCUGGACCUUUCUGAUAAUACAAUUUUUGGAGGCUUACCAGAGACUAUUGGCAAUCUAACUGAGUUGCAGUAUUUGAACUUGUCAGUUAAUCAAAUUAAUGGAAAGCUGCCAGACUCAGUCGGGCAUCUCCACAACUUAAUAGAUCUCGGUAUCUUUGAUAACAACAUACAUGGAGACAUCACAGAAGCCCACUUUGCCAAUCUCACAAAUUUAGCUUACAUGGAUAUUUCGAACAAUAACUUGUCGGUCAAUGUGAGCCAAAAUUGGCUUCCUCCAUUUCAAGCAGGUGGAAUUAUAAUGCACUCUUGCAACUUGGGACCCAGAUUUCCUCCAUGGCUGCGGAACCAAACCAAUUUAAAUCAGCUAGAUAUAUCAAAUAGUGGAAUAUCAGGUGCUUUUCCAGAUUGGUUUCGGAGCUUGUGCUUAUCAAAUAUGGUGCUUCUAUUUUUGUCCGAUAACAAACUGAAUGGAAGCAUUCCAUCUUCCAUAUGUACACAAAGAGAAUUGCAAAUUGUGAACCUCGCCAAUAAUGAUUUAUCUGGAACUAUCCCAGAUUGUUGGGGUAAUGCAUCAGAGCUAGCAAUCAUUGAUAUUUCCAACAACAAAUUAUUUGGCAGCAUAUCUAGAACAUUUGGAUUUUUAUCUAGAUUGCAAUCACUGCACAUGAAUAAUAAUAGUUUGUCUGGUACAAUUCCAUCAACUUUACAGCAUUGCAAUCAACUUGUAGUUAUUGAUUUGAGUUGCAAUAAAUUGUCCGGAACUAUACCCAGAUGGUUUGGAAGGAGACUAUCAGCAUUGCGAGUUCUUUCUCUAAGGUCAAAUAAUUUCACCGGGGUAAUUCCACAACAGCUCUCUCUGAUCCCAUCCCUCCAAGUGCUAAACUUGGCUCACAAUAAUCUCUUUGGCUCUUUGCCUCCAAGUUUUGGCAAGUUUACCUCCAUGAUGGCAAGCCAGAACACAAAUAAAUCUGCUCCAUUAUAUGGUGGUUCCAUUUAUUACUUGGAGAGUGUCAUCAUAACUGCUAAGGAUAUAGAACUUCAGUUCACUACUAUGCUUUCAAUUGUCACCAGUAUUGACCUCUCAAACAAUAAUCUCUCAGGUGACAUUCCUACAGAGAUCACAAACCUUCAUGGCCUUCACUUCCUCAACUUGUCUAUGAAUCAUUUCUCAGGAAACAUACUAGAUAAGAUUGGUCUUAUGAGUCAACUAGAAUCACUUGAUCUUUCAAAGAACAACUUAUCGGGUAGAAUUCCUUUGAGCAUUUCUGCUUUGUAUUCUCUGAGCAUUUUAAAUUUAUCUUACAACAAUUUGAUUGGAAAAAUACCAACGGGCAGUCAGCUGCAAACCUUCACCAACUUGUCAUAUAUUGACAACCCUGAGCUCUGUGGGGAGCCACUCCAAAUCAAGUGCCCAGGCGACAACCCAACCAUUGAUAAUGGAGUAGCAAAAGAAAAGGACAUGCAUGAAGAUGAUGAAUAUGGAAGAAUUUGGUAUUUCAUUGGCUUUGCUCUUGGAUUUGUGUUUGGCUUCUGGGGAUUCCUGGGUGCAGUUAUGAUCAAGAGGAGCACAAGAAUCAAAUACAUUCUAAUCAUUGAUAGGAUUUGUGGUUGGUUUAUGUAUAUGCAAUCAAAAUUUAGCCUUAAAUAGGCCUGAACUAAUUCUAGAAUUUAUGUAUACACUAAGAACUUGUACUUUUAUAAUAUUCAGACUUGUAAUGGAUUAAGGUUGACAUUAGUAUUUAAAUUAUGGAUCAUGUAUGAAAAGUGUGCUUAAGUCAAACCAUAUUGUUAAUCCAUAUGUUCUUUCCUCAAA